GGAAUUAAAUUAAUCCAUCCUUUUCAGAUAUUUCAGCACCAGUGCUCAGUACAUACCAGUUAAACCAACACAGCAGGAGAGGGCCCUCCAGUAGGCCUAUACCAGCACACCAUUCUCCUGAAAACACUGAGCGAAAUUCAUAUGUGACCAGUUUAGCACAUUCAUAGGGGGUAUUAGAACAGUAGUAUGCUGUUCUGAAGACACGGUCAGAGCUUUAUCGUUUGCAGAGCCAACAACCUUCAGCUCUGUGAUUUAUUUUUAUCUAGCAAGUAAGCAGGUCAAGGUCACUGGCAAACCAACAAGAGUUGUAGUUUUUGUGUUUUUUUUGUAGUUUUUUUUGUUGCACUCUGUUCACUCAGUAAUUGAGUAUUGAGUAAAAUGGACUGAGGGAUAUAUUGGUCAGUGAUGUCCGUGCCUGUGUGGUCAGUGCUAGUGCUAACGCUAACACUAGCGCGGUGGGUUGAGGCAGAGGCGGAGGGCUGCCUGCCCACGGGACUCUGCUGCUCCGGGCGGGACAGCUCCUGCCACAGCCAAGGCUGGAGGACAGACCGCUCCCACGGGGACUGUUACUGUGACCAGGCCUGCAGGACCAUGCUGGACUGCUGCCACGAUUACGAGCAGGCGUGUCCAGCUAUUCCAUGCGUAGUGAGUGAAUGGAGCACAUGGUCCGGCUGUUCAGAGCCGUGCAAGGCUACAGUGCGAGUGCGGGAGAGGCGAGUGCUACAGGACGCUCAGAACGGAGGUGAGCCAUGUCCUCCUCUCCUGCAGACAGCUGGAUGUGCAGAAUACCACAACCAGCACGGACAUUGCCUCCAAUCACUGGUCCCUGCGCUCAUCACCACCGGCGGGUAUGGAAGUGCUCGCAAGAAGAGGGAGGUGUCUGACAUGAAUGAUAUCAUAGGCUACUGUGUGGAAUUUGAACUGACCUCACUGACUGCAGCCUGCCAGCACAGCAUCGGCCCUCACACCCAGUGGAUGCAGUACCUGCAGGAGGGACAUCAGGUGUGUGUGGAGUGUCAGCCACCGGCCCUGGCAGCAGGUCAGAAGCACUGCUCUGGAGACGGAGAGGAUGUGGAGCAUGACAGGAGAGUGUCUCUGCAGUGGCAGGCCGUGGGGAACCCCAGAUGCAGAGGGGUCUGGAGACGUGUUCGACGCCGAGACUCCUGCACUUGUCCCACUGUACACAGCUUUCUCUUCAUCUGAUACACUUAGAGAAGCUUUAAAAUGACUUGGAAUAAAAUGUAAUUUUUACAUUGAGUGCUAUUGUAAGCUAGUAGGAUUUUCUUUCUUUCUUAUGUAAACAUUUGAAGAUACAAAAAUUUGCGUAACAGCUAUAAUAUAAAGAUGAAUAAGAAAACUACAUUUCAUUCACCAGUGUCGUCUUAACCCUUUCAGACCCUGCGUCCGUUACAGUGGACAUCAUGUAUUUUCUUUAUUUUUAAAUGUGUUUCAUUGCACAUAACAUUAUUUGAGAGCUGUUGUCCAUCAGAAUAGACCAUGAACCAGCCAAUGAACAAGUUUAUAAACCAGUGAAACAGUAACUUGGCCCCGCCCACUGCAAAAACACUGGAAAAACAGUAGUACUAGAGCCAUUGAGGCAAAGUAAUUUUAAUAUAAGUAAGUAAAUUUUCACUAACUUAAUGGGAUUUUGAACACCUUUAUUUAUUGUAUUUCUUAGGGAUGAUUUAUUAAAUAAAAAGGUCAAUAUUGAAUAUAAAAAAUAUUACACACAGGCUUCCAAUAUAAUGGAAUAAAAAAGAAGACAAACUAUUAAUUAUUUUACUUAACUGCAUUUAUUUGCUAUAUAGAUUUUAUAGUAUUAUAAUAUUAUAGUCUCCUUUUCUGGGCAAUAAAGACAAAAAAACAGCAUUUUUUUUCCCCCAUCACUGGAGAUAAUUCAGCUCUGAAAGGGUUAAGAACUGGGUUUCCUGAACUGGGUCUUGAAAAAAAUGAAAGGAAAAACAACACCAGAUAUACAAGUUUUUUUUUCUCAAUUUUUUUUCUUAAAAACAGUCGGUGAAUAAGGUCUAUUGCGUUUAUUGUCUUCCAUACAGUAAA